AUGUGGUUUAAUAUUGAUUUAGGGGAACAUCAUCAAGCUCUAAAUAUGCAGCAUUCCGUGAAGCAUUUACAUAUUCCUCCACAAAUGGUGAUUGGCUUUGGGCAAGUUCAAAUGAAUCAAGUGUUAGAACAUUGUGGGUCUAUUUUUUCCGUUGAUGAUGUUUACAAAUUUGUUGAAAUUUGGCAUCAUAACCAUGCACAUUCCAUCUACUUGAUGCUUUGUAACGUUUUUGAUAUCAAUGAAGAUACUUGUAUAACUGGUGCAUGUAAUUUAUUAAUACCUACAUUUGAUGAUGAUGAUGACAAUGUUGAUGAAGAAGAUAUAAAUGACGAAUGGGCAUGCUUUCUUGACGAUUCUGAUCUUUUAAACAUGGCUCUGGAAAACCUAUCCAUUUCCCAUUUGAAUGACAAUGACUCUAAUGAAAACAUUGAAGAAUCUUUCUAA